UCACACUCUUACACAACUUGCAAUUUUGUCGGCAUUUUCCACUGCAUUUUUCUUACUUUUAAAAGUAAAGCUACACAAGUAAUGUAAAAUCCUCAAAAAAAAGUAUCGAAUCGAAAUUCCCCAGUAAUGUUUUGGCUAAGAGGGCUACAGAGGUCCCGUCAACAACUGAACAGGCUCUACCAGUCUCGUACUCGUCUAAAUUACGGGCGCAGUCCCAGUAUCCGGCACAUUUCCCCGCCAAUCUUCAGAAGCUCGGGAUUUAGUAGCUCCUUCGUUCGCUACAGCUGCAGCGCCAAUCUCCCCCAACCUGCUGACAUGGCCAGUAAAACCGCCCACUUCGUCCUGCCCAACACACAGCCCAUCGCUGAUCUGGACUGCAAGAGUGCCUUCGAGAAUCUUACCGAGAAGGAGAAGCUUUACGCACACCACUUCAGCCAGGCCUCCUGGGACGGCGGACUCAUCGCCCUGAUACAGUCCAGCCCUGAGGCGCCGCUCAUCUUCUCCCUUCUGCACCGCAUCUUCGUGGCCGAGAAGCCCGCCGAGCUUAAAGCCAAGGCCUUGGAGGCGGGAGUCUCUGCGGAUGAUUACACGGGUUUCCUGGUAUACACCUGCGGUGUGUUCGCCAAUGCGGGCAACUACAAGGGUAUGGGCGACAGCAAGAUCGUGCCCAAUCUGCCCGAGGAAAAGUUUGAGGCCAUAGUCAAGUCCUCGGCUGCAUAUGCUAAGGAGCCCCGCGUGGGAAAGAUCUUCGACAAGGUCAAGGGUCUGAUCUAUGCGUUGGAGUCGCGCAACGAGAUCCUGGGCUUUGCCCCCGACGGAAUCACCACCUACUGGUCAGACAACUGCACCAAGGAGGACUCUGAGAUUGUCAACAACUGGCUGACCUCCAAGCGCAUCGAGCCGUACAUGUGCCGCACCUUCAAAGUGGUCGAAAAUGGUCAGACCAUCUACGACGUCAAGCUUGGCUCGGUGGCGGAGUCCUCGCAGGACGGGAUCACGCUCCCGCUGGAGGAGUUCAAGGGCAACCAGUUCCGGGUUACCCGCGGCGACUACAAGAAGCUGUUGCAGCGCGUCAACCAGCAUCUGCUGGAGGCAAAAAAGUACGCGGCCAACGAAAACGAGUCUAAGAUGAUCGAGCAUUACGUUCGGUCUUUUGAGCAGGGCUCGCUGGCCGAGCACAAGAAUGGAUCGCGGUGGUGGAUCAAGGACAAGGGACCUGUAAUCGAAACCUACAUCGGCUUCAUCGAGACUUACAGGGAUCCUGCUGGCGGCCGAGCUGAAUUCGAGGGCUUCGUGGCCAUGGUGAACAAGGAGAGCUCUGCCAAGUUCUCCGAGCUGGUGAACCGUGCCGAGAAACUAAUUGAGUACCUACCCUGGACGGAGCCGUACGAGAAGGACUCCUACCUGAAGCCGGACUUCACUUCCCUGGAUGUUCUCACCUUUGCUGGCAGCGGGGUGCCUGCUGGCAUCAAUAUUCCCAACUACGACGAGAUCCGGCAGGACGAGGGCUUUAAGAACGUCUCGCUAGGCAACGUACUGGCCAACAUCAACCGCAAGGAUCCCAUUCCCUUUCUCUCCGAGGAGGACCAGGCCCUAAUGAAGGAGUACAAGGUGAAGGCCUUCGAGGUACAAGUGGGUCUGCACGAACUGCUGGGCCACGGCAGCGGCAAGCUGUUCCGGAUCGACGAGGACGGCGUGUAUAACUUCGACAAGGAUAACACCAAGAACCUGAUCACCGGCGAACCCAUUUCCAAGUGGUACCUCCCCGGCGAGACCUACGACACCAAGUUCGGAGCCAUCGGCUCCUCCUACGAGGAGUGCCGCGCCGAGGCCGUAGGCCUUUACCUCUCUCUGCAGCGCGAUAUCUUGGAGAUCUUUGGCUUCAAGGACAAGGCGGAGCAAGACAACAUCAUCUACGUCAAUUGGCUGAGCCUCAUCUGGAACGGAAUGGGCGUGGCCCUGGAGAUGUUCAACCCGAAGUCCAAGCUCUGGCUGCAGGCGCACUCCCGCGCGCGCUUCGUGAUCAUGAAGGUGCUGCUCGAGGCGGGCGAGGGACUCGUCAAGGUCGAGGAAACCGAGGGCGGCAAGAAUCUUCUGCUGACAGUGGACCGGAGCAAGAUCGACACUGUGGGCAGGAAGGCGCUGGGCGAUUUCUUGACCAAGCUGCAGGUCUACAAAUCGACGGCCGACAUCGAGGCGGCCUCCAAGAUGUACGAACACUACUCAAAGGUGGACGAGAGCGGUGCGCAUCCGUGGGCCAAGUGGCGCGACAUCUGCCUGGCGCAUAAGAAGCCACGCAUGAUCCUUGUCCAGGCCAACACGGUGGUGGGCAAGGACCAGAAGGUGCAGCUGAAGACCUACGAGCCCAGCCACGAGGGCUACAUCCAGUCUUGGGUGGAGCGCUAUCCCACAACGGACAUCGACGACCUGCUGGAAAGCAUCGUGGAGAAGGACAAGCAGUACUUCCCGACUGCCUUCAAAAACUGAAAACAUUUAGCAUUUAACAAUUUCUCCCAUUUUGUUAACUAUGAUUUUCAAACAAAUUAUAAAAAGUCAUUAAAUGACAGCGUCUAUUUAAAUUUA